AGGAGGAGUGAAAGCCAGUGGGCAACUCUCCUCCUCCAAGGAGGAUUCUCUUCCUCUCUGUCUCUCUUGCCUGUGCUUGCCCUUCCCUGCCUUGGCUGCCCUGUGGGUGGGGGGUUCCCUGAGGCCAGCCAGCCCCUCCCUGGCCCCAUGGCUGGGCAGGGCUCCCCCCCAAAAGCCAGGCCAGUCUCCCCUCUUGGUCUCUUUGCAGCAGCAGCUGCUGCUGCCUGAUGCGCUCUGCUGGUGCGUCUUUACGCACAGAAGGGUCUCCAAGGUCUGGGUCUACCCAGGGGGCAGGGGGACCCCUUUGGCCCCCGAUGGGAGAGCCCCUGGAACCCCUGGAGCCUCUGCCCCUCCUGGGCAGGCUGAGCUACGCCGUGGGCCACUUCCUCAACGACCUCUGCGCCUCUCUCUGGUUCACCUACUUGCUGGUCUUUUCCCACUCGGUCCUGGGCUACAGCACUGGCCACGCGGGGCUGCUCUUGCUGGCAGGGCAGGUGGCGGAUGGGCUUUGCACUCCCCUGGUGGGCUACGAGGCAGACCGAGGCCCAAGCUGCGGGACCUACGGCAGGAGGAAGGCUUGGCACUUGGCCGGGACCAUCUGCGUCUUGCUCUCCUUCCCGUUCAUUUUCAACCCUUGCAUAGGAUGCACAGAGAAUACCCCCGAAUGGGCAGCCCUGGUUUACUUCAUCCCCUUCAUCGUCAUCUUCCAGUUUGGAUGGGCGGCCACCCAGAUCUCUCAUCUCUCUCUCAUCCCUGAGCUGGUCUCCACCGACCAUGAGAAAGUAGAGCUCACCGCUUUCAGAUAUGCAUUCACUGUCAUGGCCAACAUCACAGUAUAUGGAGUGGCUUGGCUUCUCCUCCACUUUGAGGCGAAACACACGGGGCGGCCGGACCACAUCGCGCACCUUGGACGCCAUGACAUCCCUGUAUUUCGGAACCUCUCUCUUAUCGUUGUGGGCGUGGGCGCCAUAUUUUCCUUUCUCUUCCAUAUCGGUACCAAAGAGAAACCCCGACCGAUCGCCAGACUCCCUGACCCUGAAGAACACACUCCACUCUUGCCUCCGGACCAAAAGGGACCCAUCCGCCCGCUCCUGCUCUGGAAAGAUUGGCUGUUGGAGCCUGCUUUCUACCAGGUGGCGAUGCUUUACAUGACCACCCGGCUCAUUGUGAACCUCUCACAAACCUACAUUGCCAUGUACCUCACCAACUCGCUGCUGCUCCCAAAGAAAUUCAUUGCCACAAUUCCUUUGGUGAUGUACAUCAGUGGCUUCCUUUCCUCCUUUUUGAUGAAAACUGUGAACCGGCGGUUCGGCAGGAAUCUCACCUACUUCCUCGGGCUGCUCAUUAUUUUGGCAUUUGCGUCGUGGCUAACUCUGGUCGACCAGAUCGGCGUGGAGAUCUACGGCGCAGCCAUCCUUCUUGGGGCUGGGUCGGCCACCAUUUUGGUGACAUCCCUCUCCAUGACGGCGGAUCUCAUCGGCACUAACACGCACAGCGGUGCCUUCGUCUAUGGGGCCAUGAGCUUCACGGACAAAGUCUCCAACGGGGUGGCGGUGAUGAUUAUCCAGAACCUCCAUCCUUGCCCGACUCAACUCUGUUGCUCUGGCUGUGCCAACUUCUACCACUGGGUGAUGGUGACCGUGACGGGCGGAGUGGCCGCCGUGGCCACGCUCAUCCUCUGCUGCCUCCUGAUUUGGCCCAUUCACAUCCGAUUCCACGGCAUCUCCGUUACGGGGCUGGCAGGAUCCGGAGCAGAAGAGGUCCAGCAACCUGCAGAAAGUGAGCAUUCAAGUGGCGUUAACUAAGACACUAGUCCUCAGGAAGGAGGGAACUGAAACUGGAUGAAAAGGGAAACUAAAGACCUGGAAACUGGAAUUUCUUUGGACUUUGGACACUGGGGAUGUUUCGUCUCCCUCCGAGCAUACUUUGCACAAUGUCACUAACAUUGGGCUGCAUGUCUCUUCCAUCGCCCAUGUGGCCCUUCCUUUGCACAUCUAAAAAACACUUGACCUCAUGAAGGACUACAUUCCUCUCCUUUUCCUCUUCUCUGCCCAACAUCUUCCUUUCCACCCUGACAGUUUUGUGGGUUGUUUUUUUUUUUUUAACCCAGUGCUGAGUAAAAGGGAUAAAUUAAAUCUGUGUGCUGCUUUCAUUUUUUUAAUUUAAAAUAAAUAAACUCUCUUAAG